AUGAAGCUGAAUGGUCAACUUCAGCCUGAUCUUCAACAUUUUAGCCACCCGCAUCCCUUAAGACUUUACAAUCACCAACCCCAGCAGCAAACCCUAAACCUGCAGCAGCAGCAGCAGCUAGCCUCAUGUGCAUGCUGCAAACUCAAUGUCUCUGAUGGAUGGAUUUAUAGUUGCACACCAUGCAAUUACUUCCUCCACAUACCAUGCUCACAAAUACCUCAGCAAAUCACUCACCCAUAUGAUCAGCAAAGCCAUGUCCUGAUUCUGAUCCCAACCCCAACAUACCCAGAUGGGGUCUUCAGUUGCGAUGCAUGCAUGAAGCAUGGGAAUGGCUUUGCCUACCAUUGUGGAGCUUGCGGCAUUGACCUCCACCCAUCUUGUGCUUCAAAGCCAUUGGUUCUCACUCACCAAUCCCACCCUCACCAGCUCAGUCUCUCUUUCUCACUUCCUCCAGGAUUUAACAACAGCAAGACCUUCAUAUGUAAUAUAUGCAACCAAGUUGGGUACAAAGAGUGGCUCUACAUGUGCAAUCCCUGUGGUUUCACUGCUCAUUUGGGCUGCGCCACAGCGAAACCAAGAGCUCCUCCUCCUCCCUCAAAUCAACAAAUUCAAGCAGCAGCACAAGCAGCUUUUGUUGGAACUCCAUGUUUUCCAACAAGUACUAUUUCAGCUACUCCUCAUCAGUUCCAAAACUAUGUGCCAAAUAAUAGUUUUAAUAAUAAUAAUUAUAAUAAUGGCAAUAUCCCUACCGCUGGUGUUUGUGGACAACCUGUUAGGCGGAAUAAGUCAGGGAAGGAGCUGGGAAAGGCUAUCGUGAACACAGCAGCUCAAGUUCUUAUUGGUGUCCCUAUUUUUGGACUGGGUGGUAAUUCCUCUCAACAGCAACAGCAACAGCCACAACAACAACCACAGCAACAGCAAUACCAACAGCAGCAGCAGCAGAAACAUCCACAACAACAACCACAGCGACAACAAUACCAACAGAGACAGCAAUACCAACAGCAGCGGCAACAACAACAGCAACAGCAAUUGGUGGGUGGUGGUGUUUGGCCUGUUGGGUUUAUAUCUGCAGGUGGCAAUGAUAUGCAAGGAGUUGGUAUUAGUAUUGAUUUUGGAAGCAGUACUAAUGCCACUACUGAUCCUUCGCCAUUCGGAUCCACCUACACUGAGGCUGACUAUUUCGGUGGAACUGGAGGAGUGGGAGAUACGAUUAUACCGUAUACAUUUGAUUUGAGAUAUUAA